CAACUUCAUCAGCAAAGAUAAGCGUGCGGGACGUCAGGAGCGCGCCGGCUUUGACUGCAGGUAACAACGCAUCUUUUAUGUGCGGACUGGAGGCGGAGGCAGUUUUGGGGUGGGGUGGACCAGAUGAUCCGGUUUCGCAGGGAAAUAACACGCAGUGGUUCACCGCAUGUUGCACCACCAUACAGCGCUCUUUUCUGGAGGACCCUGUGCAUUGGGACAUGCCGUGACAAUGGAGAUAGUUCAUCUCUCAUGUUGAUGGAUCUAUCAAGAUCAGAAGCAAUGGAUGAUGAAACAUCCAGAAACUACUUGCUAAUCACUUACUGGUAAUAUAAAUGAAUGUCUUGUGCCAACACAACACUGGAUACUAUAUGAAGUCAAAAUUAAUGAAUAGCCAAUGAACAGCCUACAAAGUGAUUUCAACAGAAGCUUAUGGACCACAGCUAGGGACUUCUAAUGGCUAAACCUCAUUCCAUGAGUGGUUUUCUCUUUUGGGUCAACUGGAGCGCUGUAGAAUGGAGGUCCCAUUCCAGACAUUCUCUCAAGGGUCUGUCACGCUACCUCCAAGGAGAAUGAGCAAUUUUCAACAGAUGGAGAUAUGUGCUUGUCGCUACUGAACUGGUCCAGUGGUUUCUUUGACUGGACAGAUAGCUAAUAGGACCCUGAAGAGGAGGAUAUAACUUGACCCAUGAAGAAGUAUGUGGAUGAGAAGCCAGGCUGCAGUUUAAAAAGAGGAUGAAUUGGGAAUAGACAGUAAAGGUUUGAACAAAUAUUGCUUUGUGCGCUACAGCUGGGAAAUAUGAUAUGGUAGUCGAGAGAAAAAACAGAAACAGUUCUUCAUCUUUAAUAUUAAAGAUGUACACUGGUGGAUUCAACAAAGCUGCUCAGGUGUAGCCAUCUUUUGGCUGAUCUUUGGGUCUCGCUUUUAAUGAGACACAGGGAUGCCCCAACUAUAUUGAACUGCAUCAUCCUAACCACCUUGUUGUUGAGGUUGUCAGUUACGAUGCUUAGGAGGGGUCUACUUGCCUGGCUCUCUCGGGUGGGUGUUCUGUUAGUGGUGAUAUGCUGUUGCCUUUCCCUCCUUUAUGUUAUCACUUGCAGUCCUCACACUGAUGAACCCAUUGCUGGGCAACCCUUGCCUAGGGCUGGAGGUAUUGGGAUAGCAGGUGGACCAAGUCACCUAGGUGGUGUUGGAGGUGCCCUUAUUGGCCCUGCCAGUCGGGAAGGGUUCCAGGCCUUGCUACAAGAGCGAGAAGACCAGCACCGGCAGCAUAUUGCCAGCUUGAAGAAACAAAUUGCCCAACUUAAAGAGGCUCUCCAAGAACGCAGCGGACAACUCAAAGGAGUACAAGACUCUUUAGAGAAGACAGCUGGGAAGGGAACAGGGGGUGGCAUGGCCGAUGAUCACAGUUAUACUGACCUGCAAGAGUUCCUUCGCAGCCAGCUAAGCCAGGCUGAGGUACACACUGGUGUACGACUGCCAAGCGAGUACGCCGUGGUGCCCUUUGAAAGCUUCACCCUACAGCGUGUCUACCAGCUGGAAAUGGGGUUGACCCGCCACCCUGAGGAGAAGCCGGUGCGAAAGGAUCGAAGGGAUGAGCUGGGCGAGGUGGUGGAAAGUGCACUGCAUGCCCUUAAUGCCCGAAAUUUAGGAGGAGACAAAAUGAAAGCCAGCAAAGUCUACACACCAUCCGACUUUAUAGAAGGCAUCGCACGCACAGAGAAGGACAAGGGCACACUGUAUGAGCUGACCUUCCGUGGUGAGCAGAGGCAGGAGUUUCGCAGGCUGGUUCUCUUCCGGCCCUUCGGGCCUCUCAUGAAAGUGAAGAGUGAGCUUGUGGAGACGGCCAACAUGCCCAUUAACAUUGUGGUGCCUCUAGCUCAGAGAGCUGACAAAUUCAGACAGUUUAUGCACAAUUUCAGAGAGGUGUGCAUGAAGCAGGAUGGGCGGGUGCACCUUACCGUGGUUUAUUUUGGAAAGGACCAGAUGAAUGAGGUCAAAGGAACCUUGGAGAACACAUCAAGGGAGCUAAACUUCCGUAACUUCACACUGAUUCAGCUGAAUGAAGAGUUUUCACGCGGCCGAGGGCUGGACGUGGGUGCACGUGCCUGGAAGGGAGGAAACGUCCUACUCUUCUUCUGUGAUGUUGAUAUCUUCUUUACAGCCGACUUCCUGAACACAUGCCGCUUGAAUGCUCAACCCGGAAAGAAAGUGUUUUACCCAGUUCUCUUCAGCCAAUAUAACCCAGCUGUAAUCUACGGCAGCCAUAAUCACAUCCCCCCUGUGGAACAGCAGCUGAUCAUUAAGAAAGACACUGGCUUCUGGAGGGACUUUGGCUUUGGAAUGACCUGCCAAUACAGAUCAGAUUUCAUCAAUAUUGGUGGUUUCGAUGUGGACAUUAAAGGCUGGGGCGGCGAGGACGUCCAUUUGUACAGGAAAUACCUCCACAGCAAAUUGCUGGUAGUGCGCGCCCCAUCACGCGGCCUCUUCCAUCUUUGGCACGAGAAACGCUGUGCUGAUGAACUUCCCCCGGACCAGUACAAGAUGUGCAUGCAGUCCAAAGCCAUGAACGAGGCCUCGCAUGGGCAGCUGGGCAUGCUGCUCUUCCGUCACGAGAUCGAAGCACACCUCCGAAAACAGAAACAAAGAAACGAAGCCAAAAAAGCUUGAUGCUCUUAAAGGGAUAGUUCACCCAAACAUUUUUAUUCUGUCAUCAUUUACUCAAACCCUUAUGACUUUUUUGAUCUGUAAUACACAAAAAAACAAAUUUAGGAAAUGUUAGGGUCAGCUCUUAACCUUCUGCCAAACAUCUCUUUUUGUAAUCCAUGGAAGAAAAACAAGUCAUACAGGUUUUGAACAAUGUAGAAUUUAGUGACUGAUUACAAAAUGUUCCUUUUUGACUGAACUAUUCCUUUAAAUCAUAGAUGAGAAAAGGAAGUGUAGAAAUUAAAAAAUAUGGCCUUCAGUGAAGAGCUGGCUUAAGUAAGACUGCACAAGCACAAAUAUGCAAACCCAAACACUGAGAUAACCAAGUGACGCAACAGGAACACAGCAAGAGACAAGAGACAGAUGAGAUAGUCAAGUGCAGAAGAUGACCUUAAAGUUUUCAUGGACUCUUUUGAUUGUUAAAAUGAUCCUUCAUCUGCAGUAUUAUCCAGAUACAGCGCAUAAUGUCUGUAAUACACUUGUGCACUUCAGUGAGAAGUAUCUACUAUGGUAAUAAAUUGCUGUCUUUUAGAAAGAAUUCUAUGCUACUGGAGGUACUGUAAGACACCAGCUAUAAAUGGUACGGCAGACUGAGCAGUGUUGGAACACAUUUUGUGUUAACAUUUGUAACUUUGUGCUAUGUAUCACAAACUAUAAUAUAAAAUUCCUUUCUUUAUCUGAUACAAAUUAAAGUAGUUUAAAAAUCUUCUAAUUAUCCCUAAACUGUGUAUAAAAAAAAAAAAAAAAAAAAAUCAAGUUCUGGGUCCAGAACUAGUACUUUGGACAUUAGUGUUACCACAAGCUAGCAAUUCAGUGUUACUAGAGUUUUAGUACACUAUCAUGCAAAGGUGAGAUGUAUAUUCUCAGUUAAUGCCAUUUGGGCAAAGUAUUAAUUAUUUUAUGAGAUGACAUGACUUUUGUCUCUUAGAUGAGCUUUCUCACAGAGUACAAUUGGUUAAAAUGGGCUUGACUGUACCCCAUGUUGGAAAACAGAAUAGUAGACAGAAAAUGCCUUAUUGCUUUUUGACGUAAAGUAGUUUGAACUGCUGAAUUGUUAGUUUCUCAGUCAGUAAGAGAAAGACUAUAAGGGCUUUAAUGUAUGUAUUUAAAAGUGACAACUGUGCUAACAGUUAAUAUGACGAUUUGUUCAAAGAAUUGCAAUGAUAAUUGUUAUUUUUAGAUUUGUUUUGAAAGUUACCCUUCUUUUGAUUUAUUGAAGAUGUGGCGCCAUCUACUGGUGGAAAAUAUUACAAUGACUUGUGACCGCAUGGACUUAUACGGCAACUAUAACAUUUAUUUAUAACUGGUCAGACAAGCAUUGAAAAUAUAUUUUUUAAUUUUAUUUUUAUUUUUAAAUAGACCAAGAACUAUAAUAUUUUUUUAUUUUGAAUAAGAGCCUAAUGAAUUUGCAAAUAGCACUACUGGAGAUUAACAGUAUUAGGAGGGUUUAUUUCGGUUACCCUUCCAAACACAAUUGGUGCACAAUUUACAAUCUUCAGCAGUUUCAAGGCUUCAGUUUUAACAGGUUUAUUGACGUUCAGACCUGUCAGAUAUCAAAGACUUCCGGGUGCAAAGCACUCAAGAAACUCUGUAGAAUAGCUUUAAAAGUAUUAUUUUAUGAGGGACAUGACGCUUUAUAUGACCCUUUUUACCCCCAAAAGUCAAAUAUUGUAUGUUUGUUUGUAUUCUUGAAAUAAUUUGUUUUGAGACAUAUUAGUUCUGAUUUAUUGUAAAUUAUUAUUAUUAUUUUUUUUUUUUGUUUGUUUUUUUUUUUUUGUUAUUUCAAGGACAAAGUAGAAUAAAGCGAAGCAAAAGUGAAAAGUGUUGUUGGCCAUCAGUGAAAUGAACAUGUUUUGUCCAGUCUUCACCUAUAGAUGGCAGUAUUUCAUCAUUAUUUUGAGAGGUCAGAAACACUCGGCGCUUUUUCAUUUCUUUGUGACUCAACACAUGAUGAUGUGUAGCCUAUUGCGAUUUUUAAAUCUGUACCAACACACCAUUAAGAAUUUGUAGUUGUUUUUAUUAUGACAUAUGGCAUAGUCUACUAAAUGAAGGUUACAUAUGACUCUUGAGUCUUGAUGACCUUUAAGUGUAGAGAAAACAACUUUAUUGCACUGCACAUCAAACUGAAGACAGGCUUACAAUGUAAAAAAAAAUAAAAAUAAAAAUAAAAAAAAGUAAUCGUGUCAGUGUAUGUAUUACAGUGAAUACUACAGCAGACACUUUCACAAGCUAACGAGCAUAAUCAAUAAAAAGGCGAAGACUGUCAUUGCAUACAUGGAGGGGAACCAUUAGAAUCCUGACUGCGUGUGUGUAUAAUUUUCAUAUAUGUAAAUGUAAUAAAUAAAUUAAAUAACUACUAUAUCGUAUUACUACUGUAAUACGAUAUAUAGAUGAAUAUAGAUAUUUAUAUAAUAUUCAUUUGCUAUUAAGAUAAAUAUUAAAGUAUAUUGUGGCAGUGGGGGCAUGGUCAAGCGCCCGUCCGGGAGGGAAAGCGGUAAGGGCGCUUGCACCUGUCUCUAAUUUCAGUGAGCACGGGGAGAGC